AUGGUUUACCCCCGACCUAUUGCUAUUAAUGGAACUGCGCAAGAUCAUGGGGGGGAACCUGUUCCUGCGGAGCUCCGUCGAGUCGCCAAAUUCAAAUCGAGGUCUGCGUUUUCCGAAGAACGUCGUAAAGAAGUUCAGUUGGUUCGGAAAAUGGGCGCUUGCCUUCGGUGCCGAAUGCUGAAGAAAACGGUAAGGAUUCGAUAUUUGGGUUCUGUCCAUCAUAGCUUAGAUGUUUGUACAGUGCUCUCCCGGUACACCAUGUUCCCAGUGUACAAGCCUUCAAAAUCCGCGAGUCUGGAUGGAAUGUUGUGUCAGAACCCGGCUUAUGACACGCCUAGAGGCUUAUUCCCUCUCCAUUCAAUUCUUGUAUACCAUGCUAUCAACGAUAUCAAGAGCCAGGCACAGUUUGAGCUCUCCACUGGCCGCAUUGAAGCAUCCCAUUUUGAGGCCAAUCCAUCAUACUUUGUGACUUUCGGAACAUUAUCUACACAAAAGCAAACUCUGCCUAACCUGGAUUCACAGCUGCCCAUCACUGUGCAUGAUGCAGAACUAGGGUUACAUCAUCAAGAUAUCCAUAUCCUGGAUGGAGAGACGGAAGAGUUGAGUGAAAAACUGGAUGAUUAUAUGAAAAGGAUGUCCAACCGGUUCUAUGAAAAUGAAAAGUGUGUGUUUGUUAAAGAGACAUUGUUACUGGCAGCUGAUCUUGCCAAAACUAACCAGGAUGAAUUGCUAACAGGGGUUCUUGAUCUAUGGGUUGCUACAUCCAUCCUUGUUGGACCUUUAUUGCCCUGGAAAUUGUUUCUCAAUCCAACCUUACCACCUGCAAGCCUACAUUCUCUAACUUCAAGUUCAAAUGGAUGGCGCAUUUCAAUCGGUGAAGGCGGCGAAUUUGAAUCAUAUGCACUCAUCUGCGGUCAACUGAAAGCAGCAGUUGAGAAACGUGCUGCGAAAACUAGUAAAGCUGUCCUAAAUCGAAUUGAGCAACGCUUGCUUCAGAAGCAAAGAGAUGGUAAUUUUCAGACCUUUUUAGCCUCUGUUAUUCUUCUGAACUGUGUUGAACGAAUGUCUUGGCUAUUCUAUAGCUGGGAGCAUGGGGAAUAUUCUAAUAAGGUUUGUUGUCCAUUGCAAAUUUAUUUCAUAUGA